CUUUGGCAAUGCCCAGCAAACCAGCCCAGCCCCAUACACCCCUGCUCCAGAGGACCGCCGCAACGUUGACAAGGCGCCCUGGCUGGCCGCCUGGGACCGCCAGGCGCGCGUGCUGCUGCGCCUGGAGCUGCGGUCGGGCGCGGUGUCGGGCGGCGGCGCGCUGGCGGACGCCUUCAAUUCUGUGGCGGAGGAUGAGGACGAGGGGCUGGGGGCGGUUCGGCUCGAAGAGCUGCUGAAACAUUGGGGGUACAACAAGACCGAGGUCCAGCAGGUGCUCAGGGCCAUGGAAGCUGCCGUGAAGCCGCCGCCAGAUCCCGAUCCGGACAAAGACGAGAACGUGGCAGAGGGAGCGCCAGCUGAGCCGAGCGCCGACGCAGAGAGUGGAGAGGGAACUGUCCUGGGAACCAACGGCGUCAUAAGCAUGGGCGCGGACGAGCAAGGUGAUGCGCACGACGCUGGAGACGGCAGCGACGACAGGGCAGGCGAGGGGCCGCGGCAGAGGAGCGGCGACCUGGAAAGCCGCGGCGGCGGUGGCGACACGGGACCCGCGGGCGGCAGGCGGCCCUCAAGCACUGCGCCGAAUGCAGCGCAGCGGCAGCAAUCAUUCGCGCCGGAGCCGUCUGCGCGGCAGAAAACGCCUUCGAGCCGCCCGCAGUCCAAGGGCGCAGCCGCCGCACGGCUCGCCACUGCUGCCAGCAGCGGGCCCAGCCGCAUGAGCAGUCGGGGCGCCACGGCCCGGCUCUCAAACCCGGACGGCGCCGGCAGGGGCCCCUCGGGCGGCGCGGCGCGGCUGUCGAACGCAGACGGCGGCGGCAGCGGCGGUGCGAAGGCCAGCCCUGCCAAGCGGUUGCCCAGCGCCAGCGGCGCGAGUGCAGGCGCACAGCAGGGUGUGGCCGGCAGCGGCAGGCUAAAUUCCAGCAUGCGCGGCGCGGCCGGCCCCGCCGGGCCCGGCGCCGGCGACGGUGCGCCGUCGCGGCCCGGGUCUUCCGGCGCCAACAUGCCGAGCCAACUGGCGCUCCAAUUGGAGGCGCAAUACAGGGGCAUCACGUACGACGAAUUCAUCUCGAUCGUGGUGCCAGACCCCUCUUGGGCCGCCAGCGCGGCGCGGCCUUCCGAGGCGGCCGCUGGGUCGGCCGGGGCCUCGAAUGGGGCCGCCGGCGGCGGCGACGGCGGGGGCGGCAAGGGCGUCGGCGGUGCGUCUGCCCGCGCGAGGGCGGCGGGAAACAGCAAGCAGCAGCAGCAGCAGCAGCCACAGGCGGGCGAGCCAGAGCCGCCUGUUGAGGCGGACCGUCCAGAUGAAGAGGGGGAGGCGGGAACGGCGGCAACCACAUCGGUUACAGGCAGCAGAGGGGUGUCAAGCGCCUAG